AUGACUUUAGGUGGUAGAAAACUCAUAAGUUUCGGUGUAGACGUGGAUGCAGUAGCAGGAUGGCUCGGGUCCUAUGGUGGGGAAGAUUCCCCUGGAGACAUCUCACGAGGAAUGUUCGCGGGAGAAGUGGGAUGUCCUAGAUUACUGAAACUUUUCGCCAAGUACGGUAUAAAAACUACAUGGUUCAUCCCCGGACAUAGUUUGGAUACCUUCCCGGAAGAAAUGGCAGCCGUCAGAGAUGCGGGACAUGAAAUUGGAUUACACGGUUAUUCCCAUGAAAACCCUACUGCCAUGAGCCCAGAACAACAGAGAGAUAUCCUCGAACACACUUUCAAGCAAUUAACUGAAUUUUGCGGUAAACCCCCUGUGGGGAGUGUAGCGCCAUGGUGGGAGGUCAGUAAGGAAGGUACAGAAAUGUUGUUGGAAAAGGGCAUUCUGUAUGACCAUUCGUUUCAACACCACGAUUGUUUGCCAUACUACCUUCGAAUGGGCGACAGUUGGAAACCAAUUGAUUACAAAGAGAAAGCUAAGAGCUGGAUGGAACCGUUGAAGAAGGGUGAAACGACUGGGAUGGUUCAGAUACCUGCUAAUUGGGAUCUCGACGACCUACCACCUAUGAUGUUCGUCAAAGGAUCUUCAAACGGAUUCGUGGAUGCUCGAACGAUCGAAAACAAAUGGAAAGAUCAUUUCACCUAUUGUCUGAGGGAAUACCCAGAUGGAUUCUGUAUGCCUAUCACCAUCCAUCCAGACGUCUCAGGUAGACCUCACGUUCUUAUGAUGCUCGAACGAUUCAUCGAAUGGGUAAACACCCAUGAUGGUAUAGAAUGGGUACCUAUGAAAGAUAUCCAAGAACAGUUUAGGAAAUCCAACGCUGCUCCACAAGGAGCCGUGAUGCCUAAGGGUUUAUAG